AGAAAGACAGAGAGAGAGAGAGAGAGAGAGAGAUCCGCGGAGGAGAAAGGAGGACAGAUCGGAGGCAGGAGGCGCUGCUCGCAGUCAGUCAGGAGGAUGCUGCGCUGACACGCGGACCGUCGGCGCUCUCUAAUCCGGACCUCAUACCGUACCAGACCGAACUGUACCGGCUCCACCUGCACGACUCACUGCAGACCCACACACACACACACACACACCCUCUCCUCUGCUCUCCUGUGGACCGGCUCGUGUCGCCAUGCCGCCGGCCGCCUGCUCGCUCCGGUACCGUCUCCGCAUCACCUUACGCGCGGAGCUGUGGAUCGGGCUGCUGCUGUGGAGCUGCGUCUCAGCAGGAGAUAAAGAAGUCCCCACCGCCGUCCCCUCUGCCCGAUCUCCAGUGGCAACACCGGGGAGCACAAAGGAAAACAGCCCCAAAGCCAAAACCUCCGGUGCAUUAGCUGGAGGUUUGCUGCACACAGUGCUCACUCAAAAAGGACGACUUGUCUCCCAGAAAGGGGACAUCCUGCCCUCCUCUCUGCCCCAGAACCUGCUCCCUCUUCUGGGCAGAGGACUCAGUGUCAGCUCCCCGGAGCGUGAAGGCGGGGGAUUACUGAGGAGAGUAAAACCCCCAGCAUCAGCUGCAGCGUCAGGCCCGGGCAGCGAUCCAACAGAGCCUCCGCCUACAGACACACACUCCCUGCCGCCGCACACACAGACACACACGCCGGAGCUGGAGGCCGAGAUUACCACUGUGGGCACGGUGCCGGAUGUGGACACAGAGACAGGAACACCUCCUCCAGCUUUGUCGAGCUGCAUGGUGAAUUUCUCCGACCCAGAGGGGUACAUUGACUCGUCUGAUGACCCCCCUCUGCCCGACACCACCUACCUGCACUGCACCUACACAGUGACGGUGUACACCGGCUAUGGAGUGGAGCUGCAGGUAAAGAGUGUGAACCUGUCGGAGGGCGAGCAGCUCUCCAUCAGGGGUGCGGAUGAACGCGGCGCCCUGCUGGUCCUCGCCAACCACACGCUGCUGGUGGAAGGUCAGGUGAUCCGCAGCCCCACCAACACGCUGUCCGUCUACUACCGCUCCGCUCUGGACGGGAACGUGGGCUUCUUCCAGCUGCACUACCAGAUCUUCAGACUCAGCUGCGCGCUGCCCAAGAGGCCUCACUACGGGGAGGUGUCCGUGCUGGACCUGCUGCCAGGAGGCGUCGCCCGCUUUCACUGUCACAUGGGUUACCACCUGCAGGGGGAGACGCUGCUCACCUGCCUCAACGCCUCCCUGCCGGUGUGGAGCGGGAAAGUUCCAACCUGCAGAGCUCUGUGUGGAGGCACGCUGAAGAACGCCACAGUAGGGCGUGUGCUGUCUCCAUCACCUCACCACGGGCCCAACGCCACCCAGGACCGCUCCUGUUCCUGGUCUCUGGAGGCCCCCAAGGACCAGAGGCUGCACCUCCACCUGGAGAGGCUCGCUCUGGGACCCACCGACAGGUAG